CGUAUUGGGUUCUGGAUUUGUGUUAUAUUACCCAAAAGCUAGGCUACACAACGCCCUCUAUGUUGGGUCAAGGCGGGCGCCUAGAAGAAAGCGCCGCCCCCCGAGGGGGAAUCCCACCCGUACCCCGAGCCCCCGUCGAAGAGCGCGUCGUUCUGGAUUUUGCUCUCGGCGUGGAUGAGCGGCCUCGGAUCACGGUCACGUCGGCGAGGACAGCGACGGCGUCGUUGGUAGCGCAGGGGCGAGGGCGUCGACCGACGGGCGGCGCACCAGGAGCCCUCGCUGGCGCGGUAGGUCACGGAACCACGGGUCGAGCCCCUCCGCCAAUCGAGGCGGCGUCGAGACGGUGAGCGGCUGACGUCCUCGCGGGCGUGGCGGAGUACGGCCGACACUAUGUGCUGCGGCAGCCCGCGGAGACGCAGGAGGCGCGGCGGAGCGGCUGCGCUUGGACGCGACGGCGAGGCUGGCCGGGCACGCUGUCGUCGAGACAGGCACGCACGUCGAGAUCCUAGGCGAGCAGGGUGGUCGGCCACCAUCACGUGGCGGGAGGAGGGUUCGGGCGGCCGGCUCGUGUGGAUGCGGUCGAGUACGACGGCUACCCGGACGCCGAGCCUCUCCUCUCCUUAGAGGAAGAGACGUGGUAACCCAACAAGUGUU